AUGGCGACUCACGACGAGGUUUUCAAGGCUUGCAUUGAUCAGCCUCUCGACACCAUCCUCUCGCUUGCUUCAACAUGCUCCAAUGGCGAUGAGGAGUUCGAAAAAGAGAUGUGCAGGAGAGCCGUGAAACAUAACCGACCCGAUCUACUCGACCACCUUCUGCGCAACGCCACCGCGUCGUCCGUAGAGCGCCGCAGUCUGCUCCUAUUAGACAGCGCCACCUACCGGUCGCCGCUCUGCGUCGACAUCAUGCUAACUUACGGCUUCGACAUCAACAUGUACGACGACAUGAUCGGCGGGGUCCUCAACCGCGCGCUAACCCACCGCGGCUGCCCCGAAAGCUUCCUCGCCUGGCUGAUCGACGAGCGCGGCGCCCUCGUCAACCACCCCAAAGACUGGACCUCAAAGCCGCCCUGCCUCGUCCACGCCGUCUCGCACGGUACCAUCCCCCAAAUGAAGCUCCUCGUCGCCCGCGGCGCGGACGUCGACUUCUCCAACGCGCUGCACUGCGCCGUCGGGUGUGGCUACGUCGAUAAGGCGCAGUACCUUGUCGAAGAAGCCGGCACCAGCGUGAAUAAGCCAACCGGGGUGGCCAGGCCCAGCUUCUGGUACGGCGACGCGGGCAGCACGCCCUUGCAUGUUGCGGCUGCGGGGAACGAGGUCGCGACUGCCGAGUACCUUUUGCAGAGGGGAGCGCAUCUCGAGGCUAAGAACGCGAACGGGAGGACGCCGCUUCAGGAGGUCGAAUACAUUGAGGAGGUCGCGGCAGCUAAACCCAACCCCAGAAGCUUGCCGCAUAGGCUGCGGUGGCUGGUUGGCGACCAGUAUAGAAGCUAUGAGGGGAUGUCGACUUUGUUGAGGGAGUGGGAAACUCGGAAGGAGUAG